GAAUCUUUUGUUUCUACAGAUGGUAUGAUUCCAUUGGAGCAGAAGCCGUUUUCGAGGAAACAUUCAACUACCCACUAGCUUUUUCGGCUGAAUCAAGAAUUAUAUACAUAUAUCUAUGCUUGGUUUGUGCUUUGGAAUAUGUGUAAUUGGAAUGCUGCACAUGAGGUUAGAGACAUAUGCAAUGUGCGAUAACGAAGAUUUAAUAGACACAGAUGUUCCUUGCUAAUUGGGUUGGAGAUAUUGAGCUGGUAAGCACCUUGUCUGAACACUUGGACGCAAGAUGAUGGGGAUUGGGAAGGAGGGGAAUGAUUAGAAGAGUUAGUGCUAUUGAGAUCAUGCACGUCAGUUUGGUUAAUGAAAAAGAUUUGAAGUGACUGAUUGAUGAGGAGAUCUUACACACACGCACACAUAUAUAAGGGAAGGCCGGGUGCAUUUUGUGUUAUACAAUUUGGAGACAACAUAUUAUAGGGGAGAGUCGAAGUAAAAGAAUCAUUAGUAGAUAUGAUGGGUUGGGGAGAUUUUCCUCAGCAAGGGUGGAGGAAAGGUCCUUGGACUCUUGAGGAGGACAAGUUGCUCAGUGAAUAUGUCAAAUUGCAUGGAGAAGGAAGAUGGAGCUCUGUGGCUAGGUGUGCAGUAGGUUUGAAUAGGAGUGGCAAGAGCUGCAGGCUGAGGUGGGUGAAUUACCUCAGGCCUGGCCUUAAGAGAGGCCAAAUAACACCUCAAGAGGAAGGCAUCAUCAUUGAACUGCAUGCUCUCUGGGGCAACAAGUGGUCGACUAUUGCCAGAUACUUGCCAGGGAGAACAGACAAUGAGAUAAAGAACUAUUGGAGAACCCAUUUCAUGAAAAGAGAAAAAUCCUCUAAUCAGAAACAAGAAAAGCAAAAAGCUCAAGUUCUUAAUAAAAAGUUGCAGCUACAAAAAGAACAAGAGCAGCAGAAGCAAUUGGGUGUUGAUAAAACGAAAGCGAUCGACAUUACAAAUGAAGGAAAAAUCCAUGAGGCACAAGAAAAACAAGAGAUGGUUUGCAUGUACCCCACUUUGGGAGAUCAUUGCUUGCCUGUGAUGUCUCAAGAUGUUGCAUCAUGGGCAGAUUUUGUGGUGGAUGAUGGACUACUUUGGGGUGGCCUGUGGAACCUGGAUGAUCAGGUUUGUCAUACUAGUAACUGCAGCAAGAUUGCCAAGCAAAAUCAAGCAACAGCUUUUUCUUUUGGAGGGGGUUCAAACAAUGCCUAUUCUAGUACUGGAGGAUACAUUUUCUAAGAAUUAAUGAUUAUGAGAAACAAAUCAUGUUGUGCUUGUGUCUAACUGGUUUAUUCUUGGUAGUUGUAACAUUAUUAUUAAUUUGAGUCAGCAGAUAAUAGUAAUAAUAAUAACUGUGAAUCUUGUUAUGGCUUUUUCCCCCAAGAUUGGCAGGUUAAUUUUGCCAUUAACUCUCUAAUUCUGUAAGAUGCUGUUUGUAUUGUUACAUUUUUAAAUAGUAGUGACUAGUGAGUAAUUCUUCCACA